GGGAAGUCAAAAUAGUUACGCAACUGAAAACAAAUCUGAUCGAUGUCGCCGGCACCUGUUAUCGGGGUGGCGGUGUUUCUGCUCAAGGGCAACACCGUGCUUUUGGGACGUCGCCGCACUUCAAUCGGUCACAACACCUAUGCUCUCCCCGGCGGCCACCUUGAGUUCGGUGAAAGCUUUGAAGAAUGUGCAGCAAGAGAGGUGAAGGAGGAAACCGGGCUAGACAUCAAGGAUAUACAACUAUUGACGGUAACCAACAAUCUCUUUUCUGAAGCUGCAAAACGGGUACAUGUUGUUGCUGUUAUUAUGCGUGCUUUUUUAUCCGAUCCUGACCAGCUCCCUCAAAACAUGGAGCCUGACAAGUGUCAUGGUUGGGAUUGGUAUGACUGGACAAACCUGCCCCAACCGCUAUUUCAACCUUUGGAGACUAUGGUGCAAGGUGGGUUCAGUCCCUUCCCUACCGACUUAAAGUGAUUAGAAGCAAUACUACUUCACAAAAUUUUCUUCGUAGGGUUGCACUUCACUGGAUGGGUGCAACUUUUUCUUCUUCAAGUUGAACUGAUUAGUGCAGGAAUGUAAUGUGAUGCUGUGUGAAUAAAUGAAGAAAAAACAGUUAUUCUUGAGGUAA